GCUUGGCCGGGUUUUCCUGAUCGCCUUUCCCUUUGCUACCCCGCAGGUAUGUCGAGAAUAUCAACGGGGCAAUUGUAACCGAGGAGAAAAUGACUGCCGAUUUGCUCAUCCUGCUGACAGUGCCAUGAUUGAUACCAAUGACAACACUGUCACUGUGUGCAUGGAUUACAUUAAAGGGAGAUGCUCUCGGGAAAAGUGCAAAUAUUUCCACCCUCCUGCCCAUCUACAAGCCAAGAUCAAGGCUGCCCAAUACCAGGUCAACCAGGCUGCGGCUGCCCAGGCAGCAGCUACUGCAGCUGCUAUGACUCAGUCGGCUGUCAAAUCACUGAAGCGACCCCUCGAGGCAACCUUUGACCUGGGAAUCCCUCAAGCUGUUCUUCCCCCAUUACCAAAGAGGCCUGCUCUUGAAAAAACCAACGGUGCCACGGCGGUCUUUAAUACUGGUAUUUUCCAAUACCAGCAGGCUCUGGCCAACAUGCAGUUACAGCAGCAUACAGCCUUUCUCCCACCAGGCUCAAUCUUGUGCAUGACACCCGCUACAAGUGUUGUUCCCAUGGUGCACGGUGCUACGCCAGCCACUGUGUCCGCUGCAACAACAUCUGCCACAAGUGUACCCUUCGCUGCAACAGCCACAGCCAACCAGGUUUGCUCAUUUACAGCUUUGUUUCUUAAAUUAAAAAAAAAGAAAAAAGAAAACAACUCUAACGGGGCUCCGUCCGACAGCCCUCACGCACUUGGAGCUCCCACGGAGGGCCGUGGGAGCCGGACGUCCGUGCGGGCUGUGGGGGUGCUUUCGACAAGCUUGGGGGUCUCAGACGUCCUUCUUGUUGGCCUAGCCCUUCCCUCGGUGAUGAGCCGCAGGAUGCUUCUGUGCCUUGGCUCAGAGCCCCACGGGGGUCGCAGCGCCAUCCCUAAAGCCACACAAACUGGAUUUACACUAGCAUUUCUGACUUGGUCCGAACAUCCCACGCAGAGGUUCCGAGCGCCCUGGGUAGCAGCUGGAGGGUGUUCUAAGUGCACAGGAUGAGAAACGUGUUUGGUGUAGACCGUCUUUCUGGUCACACUCGCUCUGUUCUUCAAAGAAAGAGGGGAGAGAGAUGAGUGCCAGAUCGUUCUGUAUGCCCCGGAUGAGCACCCUUGUAAGCUGAGCUCUCCAAAAAUAACCCGGCAGGUCCAUAGAUACACGGAGAGGCUGCCCGUUCAACAGCGUCCAUCAGGUUUUAUAUCGCACCUCUUAAGGGAUGGGGGGGACUCUCUAGGCAUGGAGGGCAAGAACCCUGCCUUAAGUAGCCCUGAAUAUGCAACAGAAAGUUAUGCCAGACAGAAGCACAUACGUUGGUUUCUCACCCACCAUCAAUCAUAAAAACUUACAGAAUUACGGAAUGAAAACUGUGGCAGCCCUUUGAAAGCAAAGGUCUCUGC